AUGUCCUUGUUUGGGGCAAAGCCCACGACUGGACUGUUCGGCAGCAGCACGACGGCAGCAUCGCCCUUUGGACAGCCAGCAACCAACGCCCAACCAACGGGUGGCCUUUUCGGCACGGCGACGGCAGCUACAGCACCGACCGGAGGCCUUUUUGGAAGCUCGACAGCAACAAAGCCAGCCGGCGGCUUGUUUGGCGCUUCUACACAGGCUACGCAGCCUUCGGGAGUGGAGAAGCCGAUCCCGGAUCAGAUUGCCACGCUCAUGGGUAAGUGGCGGCCGGACGUGCCGACGACGGUUUUCAAGGAGUACUUUUACAACAAGGUGGACGAGAGCCGGGUGCCGUUUUUUCAGCCGCAGGCGUUUGAGAACCCACGCGAUUGGGAGGAGGCGCUGCAGAACAAGCCGGCGCCGGGCUACUUGCCGGUGCUGUGCACGGGCUUUGAGGGUCUGGCGACGCGGCUGCAGCUGCAGCGGCGCACGGUGGCGGCGUUCAACGCAGGCCUGCACGAGAUCAACACGAAGCUAGACUCCAUCUUGUCGCAACACGACCUGCAGACGAGUGUGCGGGCGCUGGCGGCGCGGCGGCGACACGCCGAGCUGAGCCGGCGGGUGCUGGCGCUGGCCGCCAAGACGCAGGUGCUGCGCAACCGGGGCUACGCCCUGUCGGGUGACGAGGAUGACCUGAAGCAGAAGCUGCAGGCGAUCGAGAAGACGAUGCAAGACCCGGCACUGAGCGCGCGCAUGGAGGAGCUGUGGAGCCGGCUGAUCGUGCUGCGCAACUAUGCUGAUGCGCUGCGGGUGGAGGUGAACAAGCGCGGCGUGCGCGAGGAGGAGGGUCUAGGCGAGGACGUCGAGGCAAAGGCAAAGAAGAUCGUCGAGGACUAUGAGAAGCAACUGCAGCACCUCAAGAAGGAGGUGGAGCAGAUCAAGGUAGACUUUGAGACGUGGCAGAAAGACAACCCACAGGCCGGGUUUGCGGCAGCUCGGUAA